AGGAGGAGGAGGGGAGGAGGAGGAAAGAGGGAGGUAGAGAAAGAGAAAGAGAGACAGGGAGAGAGAGAGGAGAGAUGAUAGAAAGAAAGUGUAGAGGAGGAAAGGGGAGAGGAGCCAGAGAGCGGGGAGGAGAAAUGGAGCGAGGGAGGGCAGAGAGAAAGAGCGAAGCAUAGAGCAAGGGAGGAAAGCAGGCAGGAGACUCUCUCUCCCUCUCUGUCUCUCUAUCUCUCUCUCACGCACACACACACACACACAUACACACACACACACUCUCUCACACACACACACACACACACACACACACACACACACUCCCAUACACAUUCGCACCAGCUGUGCUGUUGUCAGUCUUGGAAUGUAAGCUCUGCCGUGAGGAGUCAGAUUCUCCACCGCUAAGCACUGCUCAGGAGUAGGAACACAGUACUGUGCACCCAGUGACACAGAUGGAUGCUAAGCUGUGAAAAUCAAAAGGGAUCUAAAGGACAUCAAAGAGAGGAAUACAAUGUCUGUUCUGAUGACACUGCCUUCCAGUGUUCAUCCUAUCAGAAGCUUAUUACCAUAAUUCAGAAGUCAUCCAGGACAUUUCCCAGCUGACUGGAUACCAUGAUAACCAAUCAGGUACUGCUCCUCCUGAUGCUCGCUAUCCUGUGGCCCAGCACUGCCCUGCCUUUCACACCUGGGAAUAUUGGGAAUCUGUUUGGGAUGGCAGAGAGUGAUGGGAGGAUUCUUCAGCGGUCCAAACGUGGAUGGAUGUGGAAUCAAUUCUUUCUGCUCGAGGAAUACACAGGAAAUGACCAUCAAUAUGUCGGCAAGCUGCACUCCAACAUGGACAAGGGUGAUGGUAAUGUGAAGUAUGUCCUGACUGGAGAUGGGGCAGGCACCCUGUUCCUGAUUGAUGAGAAGUCGGGGGAUAUUCAUGCCACCAAGAGAUUGGACAGAGAAGAGAAAGCUAUGUACACACUCCACGCCAAGGUUCUGGAUAGAAACACCAACGCGGAGCUGGAGCCGGACACUGAAUUUAACAUAAAAAUUCACGACAUCAAUGACAACGCACCUAAGUUUGCAAAGGACAUCUAUUUUGCCAAUGUCCCUGAAAUGUCUGAAGUUGGUACAUCUGUUGUCACUGUUACUGCCACUGAUGCUGAUGAUCAAACAUAUGGGAACAGUGCCAAGCUUGUAUAUAGCAUUCUACAGGGACAACCCUAUUUCUCUGUGGAUUCUGAAAAUGGCACCAUCAAAACAGCCCUGCCUGGCAUGGACAGAGAAGUCAAGGAAAACUACCAGGUUGUGAUCCAGGCUAAAGACAUGGCAGGACAGAUGGGUGGGCUAUCGGGAACCACUACAGUCAGCAUCACCCUCUCUGACGUGAACGACAGCCCGCCACGCUUCGCUAACCAUUCCUUUCGUGUGACUGCUGUGGAGUCGACAGAAAUUGGAGGAGCUAUUGGUCGUAUUAAGGCUGAUGAUCCAGAUGUUGGGCGUAAUGCUGAGAUGGAGUACAGUAUUGUCGGCGGUCAUGACAUAUUCAACAUCAUCACUGACCAAACCACACAGGAGGGAGUCAUCAUAAUUAAAAAGGCACUGGAUUAUGAAAGUAAGAGGGACUACGAGUUCAGAGUGGAGGUGAAAAACACCUACUUAGAUGCAAGGUUCAUCCACGGUUUGCAAUUCAAAGACUAUGCCACGGUCAAGGUAACAGUAGAGGAUGUGGAUGAGCCCCCUGUUUUCACCCGGAACCCUUACAUCAUUGAGGUGCAUGAGGACACAGCUGCUGGCAGCUUCGUCGGUGUGGUGUCGGCCAGGGACCCUGAUGCUGACAACAAGCCAGUCAAAUACUCAAUUGAUCGGCAUACAGAUCUAGAGAGGUUGUUCAACAUUGACUCUGUAAAUGGCACCAUCACAACGCUGAAAGCACUGGACAGAGAAAUGUCAAAAUGGCACAACAUCUCUGUGGUGGCCACUGAAAUAAAUAAUCCACGUCAGACAACUCGAGUGCCUGUGUUCAUCAAGGUGUUAGAUGUCAAUGACAAUGCCCCUGAGUUUGCAAUGUCCUACGACACAUUUGUCUGUGAGAACGUCAAAGCAGGACAGCUGAUUCAGACAAUAAGUGCUGUUGACACAGAUGAACCCCUUGUUGGACACAAGUUUGUCUUCAGUAUAAGUGCCACUAACCCAAACUUCACCAUCGUUGACAGGGAAGAUAACACUGCCAAUAUCCUGACACGGAGGGGAGGUUUCAGCCGACGUGAGAUGAGCAUGUACUUCCUGCCUGUAGUGAUCUCAGACAAUGACUACCCCAUUCAGAGCAGCACCAGCACACUAAUUGUGCGUGUGUGCGCUUGUGACAGCCGUGGAAACAUGCAGUCAUGUAGCCCAGAGGUCCUGCCCUUCUCAGACGGUCUCACAACUGGAGCUCUGGUGGCCAUACUGCUCUGUGUCAUUAUUCUCCUCAUGAUCGUGGUGCUGUUUGCUGCCCUGAGGAGACAGAGGAAGAAGGAGCCUCUGAUCAUCUCCAAAGAGGAUGUCAGAGACAACGUCGUCAGCUACAACGAUGAAGGGGGUGGAGAGGAGGACACUCAGGCCUUUGAUAUUGGCACACUACGCAACCCAGAGGUGAUGGAUGCUAACAAGCUACGCAGGGACAUCAUACCCGAAAUGCUGUUUCCCUUUCGGAGGACAUCACCUAUAAAGGAUAACACGGAUGUCAGAGACUUCAUUAAUGGGAGGCUUCAGGAGAAUGAUUCAGAUCCUACAGCGCCCCCCUAUGACUCCCUGGCCACGUAUGCUUAUGAGGGCAGUGGGUCACUGGCAGAAUCCCUCAGUUCACUGGAGUCUGCUGCCACUGAGGGGGACCAGGAUUUUGAUUACCUCAGCAACUGGGGACCACAAUUCAAAAAGCUGGCAGAGAUGUACAUAGGGAAGAGUCCUGACAGAGAGACCUAGAUAAAGCCAUGACAGUCUCUCUUUUAUUCAAGCCCAUUUUUUCUGUCUGUUUAUCUAGCUAGCUAGCCAGACAGCUAUUUGUCUAGUUAGUUAGCUAGUCAGCUAGUUGACUGUCUGUCUGCCUAUCUAUCAAGCUAUCUAUCUGUUUAUCUGUCUGUGUUUAUCUAGUUUGCUAGCUAGCUUGCUAGUUAACUAGUUGUCUAUUUGAUUCUCAUACACAUGCGUGCAUACACACAUGCACUCAAACAAAAAUUCCUGCAAUCCACAAGUGGAUGCUGAAAUGGAAAUUAAGACUUGAACUGAGUUUAAGUUUCUCAUUAAUGGAGAUACGGUAUAAUUCUUAAAGUUUUACUGUUUUUGGUCAUAAUCAGUAAAGAUGCCUUUGACUUUUAGGAUUUUUUGUGAACAAUGGUGUGGACAAUGUGUUUUGUAAUUGACCUGAGAGAUAGUAGUAUUGUAUACUAUCAAUGUUUAAUGGCACUGGACUGGGUUGGGGUGGGGCAGGGAAGGAGUCGUGCGGAUUUUCCAGCCAACUCCAUUAAAUACUGUAAAUGUACAAAGUGUUUUUAAUGAUGGACAUCCUAUAUACUAUUUGCUAUCCUUGUUUGACAAGCAAUGUUCAUGUGAAUGGUUGGUGCAGUUUAUUUGUCAAACUGUGAAUUCAUUUCAUCAUAUAGGUGUAAUAUGUAAUGGAAAGUGUAUGUUGUAGGAAAACUAUCAUACACUGAAUUCAUGCUGUUUGAAUGCUGAGUCAUAUUGUUUUAUAUUUAUAUUUUUAUACUUAUUUUCUUAAUAAAAUUAUGUACAAAAGAAACUGCUACAUUUCCAGUCCACUGCCUGCUUUUGUGG